AUGUCGACGACAAUUCCCUCGACAUACAAAGCCUUCAGGCGCACCACCGGCGACUUACCUCGCACCAUCCUUCCCUCGACAGAGCAUCUGCCGCACGAGCUUGGUCCGCACGAUGUCCUCCUCAAAAUCCACGCCGUCUCGCUCAACUUCCGCGAUGUCGGCAUGCUGCACGGCCGCUACCCCGUUGAUGUGAUUGAGCGCGGUAUUCCUUGUUCGGACGCAGCGGCCGAGGUAGCCGCCACCGGAAGCGCGGUCAAGGAUUUCACCGUUGGAGACCACGUCUCCGUUGUUUUUGAUCUCAACAAUCUGGGCCCCGAAGACGGUGAUGAUGAGCCGCCUAGGGUGCUGGGUGGCGACGUUGACGGGACUCUGGCUGAGUAUGCCGUCUUCGAAGAUAAGUAUCUGGUGCAAUUGCCUAGGCAUUUGUCUUGGGAAGAGGCAGCUACGAUCCCCUGUGCUGGCGUCACGGCCUGGACUGCGCUCGACGGCCUCAAGGCGGCGGCACCGAGAAGUGCCCUUCUGCAAGGCACCGGAGGCGUCAGCCUAUUCGCCCUCCUAAUCUGCCUCGCAGCGGGCAUUCAACCUAUCAUCACGUCUUCAUCCGAUAAGAAGCUCGAGGACAUUCGAAACCAGCUCGGACCCGAUGUAGUCCGCACCAUUAACUACCGGACCGUUUCCGACCAAGCCGCAGAAGUCCAGCGCCUUACCAACGGCAAGGGCGUCGACUUUGUCGUCAACAACACCGGCCCGGCGUCUAUCCCGCAAGAUAUCAGCUUCCUACGCCAACGCGGCGGUCUCGUGUCCCUCGUCGGCUUUUUGGAAGGUUUCGGUGGUGAUUGGCAGCCUAGUGCUAUGAUGGCGUUGAUGAGCAAGUUUGCAAAGUUGAAGGGUAUCGCCGUAGGCUCCAAACAGGAUUACGUCAGCUUGAUUCAGUUCUUGGUAGACAAGAAAGUCUCCCUCGCCCCGCUGGUCGACAGAGUCUUCGCCUUCGACGAGUCGCCCGCCGCGUUCGACUAUCUGUACUCGGGAAGCCAUGUCGGCAAGGUCAUCAUCAAGAUGCAGCAGGAUUAG